CCACAUCACAUUUUUCCUGUGGCUCUGUGUGCACAGUACUACAACUUUUCAGUCUGUGACCAACAGGAAAAGGAGAAACACUGGUCGAAUUUGAUCUUUCAUGUCAGUUGGAACAGCACUUUCCUCAUGCACACUUGGUUUCAGAAUGCCUCCACCCAGACACACAGCAGCACACUCAAUCCCACCUCACACCCUGAUCCAGCUGGUACGAGAGUGGCUGGCAGAGGACACGCCAAACUUUGAUCCUGCAGGGGUGUGUGUGGGGUCACAGGAGGUUGAGGCAUGGCUGCUGUGUAAGACUCCACACAGCAUUCUGGCAGGGAGCCCCUUCUUCACCGCAGUGUUCACUGAGGUUGGCUGCACCGUGGACUGGAAUUACCAGGAUGGAGCUGAGAUCGGUCCAGAUGCUGUCACACUGACAGCUGUUGUGAGAGGCCCAGCAAGGUGCCUCCUCCUCGGGGAAAGGGUGGCACUCAACUGCCUGGCCCGUGCAUCAGGGAUCGCCACUCGCUGUUCUCAGCUCCAGGCUAUGACAACAGCAAGAGAAUGGCACGGUGAAGUGGCGGGCACACGCAAGACCACACCAGGCUUCCGUCUGGUGGAGAAGUAUGCCAUGCUGGUUGGUGGUGUGUCUAUGCACAGACAGGACCUCAGUGGAAUGGUGAUGCUGAAGGACAACCACAUCUGGGCGUCAGGAAGUAUCACAGAGGCUGUGAAUGCCGCUCGGUCAGUGUGUGGCUUCAGCAGUAAGAUUGAGGUGGAGUGCCGCUCUAUAGAGGAGGGCAGAGAGGCAGCUGGUGCAGGAGUAGACAUUAUUAUGCUGGACAACUUUCAACCUCAGGAGCUCCACGUUGCAGCUCGUGCACUGAAGAUGGAGUUCCCAACUCUACUGAUAGAAGCCAGUGGAGGAAUUACUCCAGAGAACUUAGUUAUGUUUUUCUCUCCACAUGUGGACAUCAUUUCUUUGGGCUGCAUAACACAGGGCUGCCCAGUUGUGGACUUUUCCCUCAAGGUUCAAAGACCUGGUACUAACUCAAACCUCCUCACUGCAGAUAGAAUGUACAGACAGUCCCAUGUUGAUUAAAUGAGAGAAGGUGAGACUUUAUUCUGAUGAAUAGAGAACAAUCUUUAGCAUGUUCAUUUAUUUUAUAGAACAGCUGCAGUUACAGUUCUCUACUGUUGCUAAAGAUUAAAAAUAAUCCACACCCUG